CUUGUGGGGAGGGACUUUCACAGACUCUCAGCCCUGCCUGAGGCUGCACUCCUUGUCAUCUCAUGCUGACCCUAGACACCUUAAGGCCACACCUCCAUGAAUCCCAACUCCGUAAUUUUAAGCCCUUUCUCUGGUAGCCCCGCCUCCUCCAAUACCUGGCUACGUGCCCAACCUGGGAGGACAGAGACCAGAUUUGGGAUUCCAAGCCCUCCCAGCAUCCCCUCUCCUGUGUUCCUCCCCGGUUCUCUACUCAGAGUUGACUGACCAGAGAUUGAUCAGCUUGGAGGGCUGGAGGUGUGGAUCCAUGGGGUAGCCUCAACGCAUCUGCCCCUCCACCCCAGCCAGCUCAUGGGCCACGUGGCCUGGCCCAGCCUCAGCACCCAGGGCCAGUGAACAGAGCCCUGGCUGGAGUCCAAACAUGUGGGGCCUGGUGAGGCUCCUGCUGGCCUGGCUGGGUGGCUGGGGCUGCAUGGGGCGUCUGGCAGCCCCAGCCCGGGCCUGGGCAGGGUCCCGGGGACACCCGGGGCCUGCUCUGCUGCGUACUCGAAGGAGCUGGGUCUGGAACCAGUUCUUUGUCAUUGAGGAAUAUGCUGGUCCAGAGCCCGUCCUCAUUGGCAAGCUGCACUCGGAUGUUGACCGGGGAGAGGGCCGCACCAAGUACCUGUUGACCGGGGAGGGGGCAGGCACCGUAUUUGUGAUUGAUGAGGCCACAGGCAAUAUUCAUGUUACCAAGAGCCUUGACCGGGAGGAAAAGGCACAAUAUGUGCUACUGGCCCAAGCCGUGGACCGAGCCUCCAACCGGCCCCUGGAGCCCCCAUCAGAGUUCAUCAUCAAAGUGCAAGACAUCAACGACAAUCCACCCAUUUUUCCCCUUGGGCCCUACCAUGCCACCGUGCCCGAGAUGUCCAACGUCGGGACAUCAGUGAUCCAGGUGACUGCUCACGAUGCUGAUGACCCCAGCUAUGGGAACAGUGCCAAGCUGGUGUACACUGUUCUGGAUGGACUGCCUUUCUUCUCUGUGGACCCCCAGACUGGAGUGGUGCGUACAGCCAUCCCCAACAUGGACCGGGAGACACAGGAGGAGUUCUUGGUGGUGAUCCAGGCCAAGGACAUGGGCGGCCACAUGGGGGGGCUGUCAGGCAGCACUACGGUGACUGUCACGCUCAGCGAUGUCAAUGACAACCCCCCCAAGUUCCCACAGAGCCUAUACCAGUUCUCCGUGGUGGAGACAGCUGGACCUGGCACGCUGGUGGGCCGGCUCCGGGCCCAGGACCCAGACCUGGGGGACAACGCCCUGAUGGCAUACAGCAUCCUGGAUGGGGAGGGGUCUGAGGCCUUCAGCAUCAGCACAGACUCCCAGGGUCGAGACGGGCUCCUCACUGUCCGCAAGCCCCUAGACUUCGAGAGCCGGCGCUCCUACUCCUUCCGUGUCGAGGCCACCAACACGCUCAUUGACCCAGCCUAUCUGCGGCGAGGGCCCUUCAAGGAUGUGGCCUCUGUGCGUGUGGCAGUGCAAGAUGCCCCAGAGCCACCUGCCUUCACCCAGGCUGCCUACCACCUGACAGUGCCUGAGAACAAGGCCCCGGGGACCCUGGUAGGCCAGAUCUCAGCGGCUGACCUGGACUCCCCUGCCAGCCCAAUCAGAUACUCCAUCCUCCCCCACUCAGAUCCGGAGCGUUGCUUCUCUAUCCAGCCCGAAGAAGGCACCAUCCAUACAGCAGCACCCCUGGAUCGUGAGGCUCGCGUCUGGCACAACCUCACUGUGCUGGCUACAGAGCUCGGCUGGAGCUGGGGGCCAGAAAGGGGCUGGGUACCUCCUCUGGUUGCUGAGUGGAGUGCACCAGCAGCCCCACCCCAGAGAAGCCCUGUUGGAAGCCCUGUGGGAAUCCCCCAAGACAGUUCUGCACAGGCCUCGCGUGUGCAAGUGGCCAUCCAGACCCUGGAUGAGAAUGACAAUGCUCCCCAGCUGGCUGAGCCCUACGAUACUUUUGUGUGUGACUCUGCAGCUCCUGGCCAGCUGAUUCAGGUCAUCCGGGCCCUGGACAGAGAUGAAGUUGGCAACAGUAGCCAUGUCUCCUUUCGAGGUCCUCUGGGCCCUGAUGCCAACUUUACUGUCCGGGACAACCGAGAUGGCUCCGCCAGCCUGCUGCUGCCCUCCCGCCCUGCUCCACCCCGCCAUGCCCCCUACUUGGUUCCCAUAGAACUGUGGGACUGGGGGCAGCCGGCACUGAGCAGCACUGCCACAGUGACUGUUAGUGUGUGCCGCUGCCAGCCUGACGGCUCUGUGGCAUCCUGCUGGCCUGAGGCUCACCUCUCAGCUGCUGGGCUCAGCACCGGCGCCCUGCUUGCCAUCAUCACCUGUGUGGGUGCCCUGCUUGCCCUGGUGGUGCUCUUCGUGGCCCUGCGGCGGCAGAAGCAAGAAGCACUGAUGGUACUGGAGGAGGAGGACGUCCGAGAGAACAUCAUCACCUACGAUGACGAGGGCGGCGGCGAGGAGGACACCGAGGCCUUCGACAUCACGGCCUUGCAGAACCCGGACGGGGCGGCCCCCCCGGCGCCCGGCCCUCCCGCGCGCCGAGACGUGCUGCCCCGGGCCCGGGUGUCGCGACAGCCCAGACCCCCCGGCCCCGCCGACGUGGCGCAGCUCCUGGCGCUGCGGCUCCGCGAGGCGGACGAGGACCCCGGCGUGCCCCCGUACGACUCGGUGCAGGUGUACGGCUACGAGGGCCGGGGCUCCUCUUGCGGCUCCCUCAGCUCCCUGGGCUCCGGCAGCGAAGCCGGCGGCGCCCCCGGCCCCGCGGAGCCGCUGGACGACUGGGGUCCGCUCUUCCGCACCCUGGCCGAGCUGUAUGGGGUCAAGGAGCCCCCGGCCCCCUGAGCGCCCGGGCUGGCCCGGCCCACCGCGGGGGGGGGGGGGGCAGCGGGCACAGGCCCUCUGAGUGAGCCUCACGGGGUCCAGGCGGGCGGCAGCAGCCCAGGGGACCCAGGCCUCCUCCCUGUCCUUGUGUCCCUCCUUGCUUCCCCGGGGCACCCUCGCUCUCACCUCCCUCUUCCUGAGUCGGUGUGUGUGUCUCUCUCCAGGAAUCUUUGUCUCUGUCUGUGACACGCUCCUCUGUCCGGGCCUGGGUUUCCUGCCCUGGCCCUGGCCCUGCGAUCUCUCACUGUGAUUCCUCUCCUUCCUCCGUGGCGUUUUGUCUCUGCAGUUCUGAAGCUCACACAUAGUCUCCCUGCGUCUUCCUUGCCCAUACACAUGCUCUGUGUCUGUCUCCUGCCCACAUCUCCCUUCCUUCUCUCUGGGUCCCUGUGACUGGCUUUUUGUUUUUUUCUGUUGUCCAUCCCAUAAUCAAGAGAAACUUCCAGCCACUGCUGCCCACCCUCCUUCAGGGGAUGUUGUGCCCCAGACCUGCCUGCAUGGUUCCAUCCAUUACUCAUGGCCUCAGCCUCAUCCUGGCUCCACUGGCCUCCAGCUGAGAGAGGGAACCAGCCUGCCUCCCAGGGCAAGAGCUCCAGCCUCCCGUGUGGCCGCCUCCCUGGAGCUCUGCCCAGCUGUCAGCUUCCCCUGGGCAUCCCAGCCCUGGGCAUUGUCUUGUGUGCUUCCUGAGGGAGUAGAGAAAGGAAAGGGGGAGGCGGCUGGGGAAGGGGAAAGAGGGAGGAAGGGGAGGGGCCUCCAUCUCUAAUUUCAUAAUAAACAAACACUUUAUUUUGUAAA